AUGAUAUAUAGUCUAUUAAUCACAAAUAUAAAUGGCAAUGUAUUGUUGUCAAAGAAUUAUAAUGCAGCAAGUGAUGAGAAGCAGAUGGAGUAUGAGAAGUCACUAUAUCAAUUGACAAAGGAUGAGUGGACAUUCGCAAAGAAUGAGAGGCAUCUCGUUGCUGAGUUGACUUCAAGUGCAACUAUUGUAGUAUACACCAAUGUUGGUGAGUUGAUGUUGUUCUUGGCUGGUUCUUCAGAGACAUACGAUGAGUUAGCUUUAUCAGAUAUAUUGAACCCAAUAUCAGAAUGUUUAAAGGAUGUUUGUAAGAAGAAGGCAGUAACAGAGUUAUUGUUCAUUGAACAGAUACCAAAGUUUGUACAAUACUUGGACGAGAUCAUUCAAAGGGGUAUACUCGAUCAGACACAAUUCGAAAGUAUAUCAAACUAUAGUCAACUGAAGCAUGAUAAGAAGGAGACAGUGUAA